CGUCAACGUCGCUCUAGGCUGACGCAGGUGCAAGCCGGCAAAAUGGCGGCGGUGGGAGCGGGCCGUCUAAGGCGGGCCGCGUCCGCCUUGCUGCUCCGCAGUCCGCGCCUGCCAGCCCGAGAGCUGUCAGCUCCGGCCCGGCUGUAUCACAAGAAGGUUGUGGAUCAUUAUGAAAAUCCUAGAAACGUGGGCUCCCUCGACAAGACAUCUAAAAACGUCGGCACAGGCUUGGUGGGUGCUCCAGCAUGUGGUGACGUCAUGAAAUUACAGAUUCAAGUGGACGAAAACGGCAAGAUUGUGGAUGCCAGGUUUAAAACAUUUGGCUGUGGUUCUGCAAUUGCCUCUAGCUCCUUAGCCACGGAAUGGGUGAAAGGGAAGACGGUGGAUGAAGCCUUGACCAUCAAAAACACGGAUAUUGCCAAGGAGCUCUGCCUGCCCCCUGUGAAACUGCACUGCUCCAUGCUGGCAGAAGACGCAAUCAAAGCUGCCUUGGCUGAUUACAAACUGAAACAGGAAGGCAAAGGAGAGACAGAGAAGAAAUGAGCCAGUCAGGCAGCCAACCCCCUGCCCACCCACCUAGAUGCACACCUACCCAGAUGCACACCGGAAGCUGAGACGCACACAAUACCUUUCAUGCACAUUGUGACUGACACUGGCAAAAUACACCACUCAAUUAUUCUGAAUCCCGUUGUUUCUUUCAGCCCACUCUGGUUGCCUUAAUGCACUUAGUAAAUAUUUUGAAUUUCUGUAUAUGGGUUCAGAACUGACAUCAGUACUGGAGUCAUGAGUUUUGAUAACCUGAAAAGUGCAUAAAUAUUUAAUCUAACCUCAAUCUAUUUGGGGGAAGGAUUAUCCGCAGAAUGCCUUCGUUUGAUUGUUUGAUAGGACUAGUUGAUGUACAUAGAACAGAUCUGCAUAUAUAUAUUCACACAUAUAAUAAAAGAAUGUAAUGUAAGAUG